CUAUUUCCUUUCGUUUUACAGCUUAGUUUCAUAAGCAGUACUGAUCCAUGGCCUCAGUGGAGGAAAUUAGAAGAAAUGCCCAGUGGCCCCGCGGCCCCGCCACCAUUCUAGCCAUUGGCACAGCACUCCCGGAUAACUGCUUUCCCCAGGCUGAAUUUCCUGAUUUUUUCUUUCGGGUCACCAAGAGCGAGCACUUGACUCAAUUGAAAGAAAAGUUCAAGCUGAUUUGUGAGAAAACAAUGAUUAAGAAACGUUACAUGCAUCUGAAUGAAAAAAUGAUUAAAGAGAAUCCAAAUAUAGGCGCCUCCUUGGAUGCUCGUCAAGAUAUUGCCAACGUUGAGGUACCAAAACUGGGUAAAAUUGCAGCAGUAAACGCCAUCGGAGAGUGGAGACAGCCCAAAUCUAGGAUCACACAUCUUGUAUUCUGUACAACCACGAGCUUACACAUGCCUGGUGCCGACUAUCAACUUGCUAAGAUCCUAGGUCUUGAACCAAAGGUUAAACGGGUGAUGUUGUACCUUCAAGGUUGCUUUGGUGGUGGGACUGCCCUCCGAAUGGCUAAAGAUCUAGCAGAGAACAACGUAGGUGCUCGUGUUCUUGUAGUAUGUUCUGAAAUCAUAACAUCCACUUUCCGUAAGCCUUCUGAGAUCGAAGUAGAAAAUUUAGUAGGCCAAGCUCUUUUUGGUGAUGGAGCCGCAGCUCUAAUUGUGGGAUCAGAUCCAGAUACCUUAAUCGAACGACCAUUAUUCCAGAUCAUCUCCGCAGAUCAAAUGUUCAUCCCUGAUUCAGAGAAUGCAAUUGAAGGGCAUGUUUGUGAAAUGGGCCUUGUUGUUAAUUUGGCAAAAAAUGUGCCAAACCUAAUUUUUGAGUGCAUAGACAAAUGCAUGGUUGAAGCUUUCGGUCCCCUUGGUAUUAAUGAUUGGAACUCAUUAUUUUUUAUCAUUCACCCAGGUGGUCGGGCAAUUCUUGAUCAAAUCGAAGCAAAACUCAGCUUAGAAAAGGAAAAACUCGAAGUUAGUAGGCAUGUGCUAAGGGAGUAUGGAAAUAUUGUGAGUUCAUGCGUGUUCUUUGUCAUGGAUGAGAUGAGAAAAAAGUCUUUCAAAGAAGAAAAGGCUACUACAGGGGAGGGAUUGGAGUGGGGAGUUUUGUUGGGGUUUGGACCAGGCUUGACAGUGGAGACGGUUGUGCUACGUAGUCAGUGACCAUCAAUCAUGACUGAUUUACCAAUGAAUAAGGGUAGAACCAAAUAAGAACAACAGAGAUUGUCAUGAAUUGUAAUAUGAUUAAGGUUCGAGAGUGCCAUAAAUUAUCUUCUUCCAUGUUAUCUUCAAGUUAAAUAUCUAAAAUCUACGCUUUUCA